AUGUGGUGGCGUCGUCGUGUCCAGCUGCUAAUAGCUGCCCUGUGGUUCCACUGCUGCUGUUGGGCCCGGCCGCCACUCCCGACUCAGCCGCUGGUCAACCUGGCCGACAUCGUGGGUGUGGUGCUGCACACCCACUUCCGGACACCGUUCGCCACCACCCUGGUGACGGUGCGUAGCGCCACCCAGCGCGGGGCCUGGCUGCAGCAGGACCUGCUCGAGAGGCUGCUCGUCCGCCACGGCCAGGGCCAGCUGGUGGUGCAGCUGGAGGGUGUGCCGUCGCCGGCCCAGCUGCUGCACCGCCAUCCGCCCUGGUCGCGCACGCUGCUGCUGGCGGAGAGCUACGACGCGCUGCGGACCGUGUUCGGCCAGCUCACGCCCGACCGGUUCGACUUUACCGGACGCUACCUGAUCGCGCUCAGCGAGGCGCCCGCCACCCUCGCCACCGUCGACCGCAUCUUUCACGAGCUGUGGUUGCGCCAGAUCGUGAACGUGGUCGUGGCGCUGCGCCCGCUCGACGACGACCAUUCCUCCGCGGCGGCGUCGGCCGGCCCGGUCCAGCUGUGGACGUACUUCCCGUUCUCGCCCGGUCUGUGCCGCAUCCCGAAGCCCCACCUGCUGUUCACCUGGCCGAACGAUACGCUGCUGUACGGCGUCGACUUCUAUCCGCGCAAGAGCGACCAGUUCCACGGCUGCCCGCUGCGCGUGGGCAGCUUCGAGACGCGCCCGUUCACCAUCCUGGCCGGCGGGGACGGCGCGCACCCGCCGGCGGUGGGCGGCUUCGAGGGCGACCUGCUGCACAGCCUGUCCGCGCGGCUCAACUUCCGGGAGGACGUGCGGGUGCCACCGCGCGCCCAGCAGUGGGGCGAGGCGGCGUUCGAGAACAGCACCGGCCUGAUGCGCAUGCUCUACACGGAGGAGGUCGACUUCGGCCUCUCCUGUCUCGGCGUGUCGGUCGAGCGGUCCGCCAUGCUGAAGGCGGGCAAGGUGCACUUCACCACCGACCUGGUGGUGGUGGUGCCGCCCGGCAAACCGUACACCGCCUUCGAGAAGCUGUUUCAACCGUUCCAGCCCCCGGUCUGGCUGGCGGUCGGGUUCUGCACCGGGGUCGGGUUCGGGGUGCUCGCCACCCUGCGCCUCCUGCCGCUGGACGGCCGCCGGCGGGCGACCGUGCGGCGCUACGUGGCGGGCGACGCGCGGCUCCAGGCGCCCGCCCUCAACCUGGUGCGCGUCCUGCUCUCCUCCCCGCUGCCCUUCACCCCGACCGGUACCUUCCCGCGGACGCUGCUCGCCCAGUGGAUGCUGGUGUCGCUGCUGCUGAGCCUGCUGUACCAGGGUUCGCUCUUCCAGUACCUCCAGCGGGCCUCGACCCACCCACCGAUGCGCACGCUCGCCGAGAUCGAUCGGUCCGGCGCGCUGUACCACAUCGCGAGCUCGGCCCGCCGCUUCUUCCUGCCCUAUCCGCAGCGGCUCCAGCGGCUCCGGUACUUCCCGCCGGUGCCGGACAGCAUUGCCGCCUGGCUGCGGUGGAUGGGCAGCCAUCCGGGCGAGCCGCACGUCGCCAUGUGCACCCGGGACCACGUGGCGUACCAUAACGCGCAGCACGGCCGGACGGACGGCCGGCAGCUGCUGAUUGCGCGCGAAUCGAUGGCCCUGUACGCGAUCACCAUCCUGUACCCGAAGCGGUCCAUGCUGACCGCCAGCUUCGACCAGCACAUCGAGCGGAUCGGCUCGUCCGGCCUGCUCAAGUACUGGUCGGCCCGGUACGGGGACUACCACUUUGAGGAGUCACGCGCCUCCUCCACGACGGACCAGCGGGCAACGGCCACGGCCGGACCGCGACCAGUCAGCGUGGAGCAACUGGCCGGCGCACUGCAGCUGCUGCUCGGAAUGCUGCUCGCCGCGACGCUCCUCUUUCUGGCCGAGCUUGGCUGGGCGCGGCACACGCGACCAGCAGCAGCCAAUCUCGCAAACAACAAAACGCUAGCGAAACUCACCGGACAGUUGCAGUCCGCCUCCUUCACCCACACCGAGCUGCUGAUACGUGCGACAGCCGACAUCCUACUGCAGCACUACACCACCUUCACCAGCAAGCAGCUGUACGUGCGCUGGGAGGAUGGCGCUUCAGGCCCGCUAGUCGACGAGAUCCUGCGACGCACCGCCACCCAUCUGUCCGUGCUGGUCGAGCGGGAUCCACCGGUGACGCCGGCCGACGGGCUCGACCAGUCCCACCACCACCAGCAGCUGCGCCUGCUCAACCUGCUGCUCGUGGCGGACUGCGCCGAGUUCGAUCACGUUGUCGCCGGCCUUACCGACGAGCUGUACGACUAUUCCGGCCUCUACACGGUGCUGCUGGUCGGUGCGUCCAGCAAGCGCCAGCACCUGGAAACGGCCGGCAUCAUCCUGCGCACCCUCUGGGCACGCCCGUUCCCCCCGAAGCUGGACAACUUUUACCACUGCCCGCUGGCGGUGGCCACCUUUCCCGUGUAUCCCUUCAUCAUACCGAGCGCGAUGAUGGCGGACCUAUGGCCGGGUCAUGCCGAGCGCACCGAGCAGGAGGAGGAGGAGGACCUGAAAGGCAUCGAGGCGAUGGUGCUGCGGACGCUGCGCCAGCGGCUCAACUUUCGGCUGCAGCUGAUGAACGUCGAUCCGCCCGACUGGGGCACGGCGGGGCCGCGCGAUCAGGCCACCGGAGCCUCCGCUUACGUAAGUAGCUGCGCCACUUUGCUGCUCCGCUGCCCGCUCGCCAAACCGAUCUGGACGUUCCUGCUCUGCUCGCUCGCGGCCGGGCUGGCCGUGAUCGGGUGGCUCCGGUGGGCCGGGUCCCCCACCGUCCGGCACUUCGUGCUCGGGCACGACGCGCCCAACCGCGCCUGGCCGGCCAUGAUCGCCGUGCUGCUCGGUGCCGGCCUGUCCCGUGCGCCCCGGGGCAGCUUCGCCCGCGCCCUGCUGCUCUGCUGGCUCGCCGGCACGCUGGUGCUGCGCAGCGCCUACACCGGCUCGAUGAUACGGUUUCUCCAGUCCGACCGCAAUCACACCGUGCCGGCCAACCUGCCGGCCCUGCUGGACGCCGGCUACCAGCUGUACAUGUACCGGAACUACAGCUUCGUCUUCGACGCUUACCCGCACAUCGGGCGGCGCGUCCAGCUCGUCACGGCGCACCAGUUCCGCACGGCGAUUGUCCGCCGGCUGCAACGGCCUGGCGCCCGGCUCUGCGUGCUGCUGCCGCUCGAAACGGUCACGUUUCUGAACCGGAAUCUGACGCGCACCGGCCAGCUGCUGCGCGUUGCGCGCGAGCGCGUAACCGUCGCCAAGCUGGCCAUCUACACGCAGCGGACGUCCGCGCUGCUCGGGCCGCUGAACAAGCUGCUGGAGCGGUUCGUCGCCUCCGGGCUGCUGCACCGGUGGGCCGCCCAGUACCACCAGCUGCGAUUCCUGGCCAACCCGUACCAGUACCGCGGCCGGCAGCAGCUCGUGCUCGCCGACAUGGACGGCCCGUUCGAAAUACUGCUGGUCGGGCUGGGCCUAGGCGCCGGCACCUUUCUCAUCGAGCUCGUCGCUGGGCGUUGGGAGGGGGGGAAACGCAAAAAACGCCAAAGCGGCGAGCAAUAG